AUGUCGUUAACAAAUUGCCGAUUCUACGAGGAGAAGUACCCGGAGGUGGACAGCUAUGUCAUGGUCAAUGUCAAGCAGAUCGCCGAGAUGGGCGCAUACGUGAAGCUGCUCGAAUACGACAACAUCGACGGCAUGAUUCUGCUCUCUGAGCUGUCGCGGAGACGUAUCCGUAGUAUUCAGAAGCUCAUUCGCAUUGGGCGGAACGAGGUUGUUAUCGUCCUCCGUGUCGAUAAGGAGAAGGGUUACAUCGAUCUUUCCAAGCGUCGUGUCUCCCCCGAGGAUGUGAUCAAGUGCGAGGAGCGGUACAACAAGAGCAAGGCGGUGCACUCCAUCAUGCGCCACGUCGCCGAGGCGACUCAGACUCCCCUGGAGACUCUCUACCAGCAGAUCGCCUGGCCCUUGAACCGGAAAUACGGCCACUCCCACGAUGCUUUCAAGAUCUCUAUCACUAACCCCGACGUCUGGAACGAGAUCGAGUUCCCCAGCGAGCCCGUGAAGAAGGAGCUGCAGCAGUACAUCAGCAAGAAGCUCACUCCCCACCCUACCAAGGUCCGUGCCGAUAUCGAGGUUACCUGCUUCGGCUACGAGGGUAUCGACGCCGUCAAGGAGGCUCUCCGCACCGCCGAGGCCAACAACACCCCCGAGAACCAGAUCAAGGUCAAGCUGGUCGCUCCUCCCCUCUACGUCCUUACCAACCAGUCUCUGGACAAGAACCAGGGUAUCCAGAUGCUCGAGGCUGCCAUCGAGAACAUCACCACCAAGAUCAAGGAGGCCGGUGGUAACUGCACCGUCAAGAUGGCGCCCAAGGCCGUCACCGAGCACGAUGAUGCCAUUCUCCAGGAGCUCAUGGACAAGCGCGAGCGGGAGAACAUGCAGGUCAGCGGUGAUGAGGACGAUUCCGAGAGCGAUGAGGGUGUUCCCGAGUAA